CUGUCUAUACGAAGUAACCAGCGUCUGAUUUCGCAGUUCAAUCUACCUUUAUGAAACUUGUUGACGCAUUGCAAUUUGUAAACAUGUCAUUUGAGGUCUUCUGUUUUAUCUUAUCGCUCUUAAUAUCAAUUGGAUUGAUUUUUUUAGUAAUAUGGAAUGUGAUUGCUUUUGAUGAUCUGAGAACUGACUACAAAAAUCCGAUUGAUCUCUGUAAUACAUUGAAUCCACUUGUUAUUCCAGAGUAUGGUAUCCAUGCAUUUUUAUGUGUGUUGUUUUUAUUUGGUGGAUUUUGGGUCAUGCUGUUAUUUAACCUUCCAUUAUUAGCUUACCAUAUCCACAGAUAUCUUUCACGUCCUGUUAUGAGUAACGUUGGUAUUUACGAUGCAACUGAAGUGAUGAAUUCUGCAGAACUAAAUCGAUGUCAAAGAGAGGGCUGGGUGAAGCUGGCAUUUUUCUUGAUUAGUUUUUUUAUUUACUUAUACAGAAUGCUGUACGCCCUGUUGUCGUGAGAAGCGUCAAGACAGAUCUUCAAUACUGGCCGUGUAUUUUCUUCUUAUUGUAAAAUUUCUCUUCACCUUUAUUGCCUUUAAAACCAGAUUUCUCAUAAAUCUUGUUUCUCAUAAAUCUUUUUUCAUGAAAAUUCUCCCCAAAUUUUUUUCGUUGAAUUUUUACUAACAUAUUCUUUGUAUUUAUUUUAGAAGGCUUUGUUUAGAAACGAAAUUAUUUCCACAUUGUUCAA